ACAAGUCCAAGCUGAGAUAAAGCCAAGUACAAUUAAAACAAUUGACUCGUAUGACUUAUCAUCAAUCACCACCACUGUAUUGAGACAAACCCUUUUGUUUUAUACAGAGAAUUCAACACUGAUCCAUCACAGCUACAAGGAAAAGGAGAUGGUCCUGUGGUCUUCUUACCCACCAACGCCCAACCAACUGGCCGCAACCGUCGCCUGCUUCGUCGCCGGCGCCACCCUCUUCGCCGUGGGAGUCCACCUCUCUUUCACCAACGUAGCCACUCAACAAGCUCGCACCAAGGCCCGCAACGACUUCAUCAAAGCCCGCCUUCGAAAGCUGCUCCAAGAUUAAACCUUUGUACCCAUUUGCUUCAAAGCCUCACUCUUAUCCUUGACAAUCCAUCUUUCGCUCUUCAACUAGUCCUAAUCCAUGCAGCUGGACUUUCAUGUUCAACAGGAGACUCAAAGCUAACCUUUUCCUUCAAUUUGCUUGAAUGUUUGGAUACCAAUGCCCAAACACGCGGUUCAUUGAUUUUUAGUCGCACCCGCCACCCCAGUUGGAUGCACAAUCAAAUGCUGCAUUGUGCAAUGCCAUCAUCAUCAACAAGAAGAUCAAAUCUCCAUUCAUCUCUCUCGCCACUGCAAGGAAGUUCAGCUGACAUUACACCGAGUUCAAGCACUCAACCCUCUCCCACUGUCAAUCUCACUUGUGAAUACACCCUUGCUAAGCAGACUGAUUCCUACAGUGAGAUAUGGUCCAAGAUUCAUUCCAGUUAUUCUUACGAAGACCCAAACUUAGGGCAAGGGGAGGCCCGUGAAGAUCAACAGCUGGCACAAGUCCUCAACCCCAGCCAAGAGUGUGUCCAAGAGGCACUUCGACAUGCCACACCCAGCACCCUUACCCGCCUUGUCUCUACCUACUUUGAUCACAGUGGGAACACCUCCCAUCUGUGCCUCCUCCUCCUUGAUAAUGUUCAACAUGCCCGCUCCCUUUACUAUGAUCUUCAUAACCUCCUUGAUGUUCUCCCUCUAGACUCUGAUCCCAAUUCCCUCACACAAGCUCAGUGUGACCGGGCCUUUGACAUCUUUCUUCAAUUUGACCGACUUGGCAACCCCUUCCCUCGUCCCGACUCUCACAAUUUCCAUGACAUGCGUCACUGCUUCUCCCAGCUCAACCAAAAACUUCACCACCGCCUCUGCAAGUCUCGUUCUAGGGUCCACCUCCUCCGCCGUGCUGCCUCUUGCUCUGCCAUUUGUUUCAUUGGUACUGUUGUUGGUGUUUCCAUAGCUGCUGUGGCCAUAGCUUCUCAUGCUCUCAUUGCCUUUGUUGCAGGCCCAUUCCUCCCUGCACUCGUUCCUACCAAGAUUAGUAAAAAGGCGCUUUCUCAUCUGGCACAGCUUGAUGCUGCAGCCAAGGGUACAUAUGUCCUUCACAACGACCUCAACACAAUUGAUCGGCUGGUUGAGCGUUUGUAUACUGCUAUUGAGGGUGACAAGUUUCUCAUUCGCCUUGGAUUGGAUAGAGGCAGGGAGAGGCAUCCCAUCCAUGAGGUUGCAAAACAGCUUCAAAAGAACCACCACAAUUUCCUUAGCCAGCUUAUGGAUCUUGAGGAACAUAUAUGCCUAUGCUUUGCCACAAUCAACAGGGCUAGAUCUCUCCUUCUUAAAGAGAUUUAUCUUCAUCAAUCUCAUUAUUCCGAACCAAUUUGCUGCAUGAAUCAGUAUUAUAGUUCAACGUGGCUUGAUGAAAAUCCCAAUCGUGUCCCUCCUUAUAGGGAUGAAGAAAUUUCAAGUAUGAAAAACAAGUGCUUCAAGAAAUACUUUCCAAAUUUAGAGGAGAGAAGGGUUGUAAAUGUGGAAUAUGCCAAGUUUUCAGGAGGUUUGGAUAUGUUUGGAGAUUUUGACUCAAAGAUUGAUAGAUGAGUAUUGGAUCCACUUAUUUGGUGGUUUACACAUGGGUCUCCUGCUCCUAUGCUUUAAUCUUUAGCAUUAAAAUUGCUUGGCCAGCCAUGUUCCUCAUCAUGCUGUGAAAGGAAUUGGAGCACCUACUCCUUUAUUCACUCCAUGAAAAGAAACAAAAUGACACCACAACGUGCUGAAGAUUUGGUUUUUGUGCACAACAAUCUUCGUCUCCUAUCAAGGAGAAGUCGACAGUACAUUGAAGGAGAAUCCAAGUUAUGGGAUGCUGGUGGAGAUGCUUUUGAUUCAUUGGAGGGUGCAGGCUUACUUGAAAUUGCAAGUCUUUCUCUUGAUGAACCAGAUAUGGAAGCUGUGAUAUUCACUGAUGAAGGGGAACAAGUUGAACCUAUUGACGUUGAAGACUCUUAGUUCAUAGGAAUCUCUCUUUUUUUAUCAAGUUGUCUUUUGUUUUAAGUUUUAUUUUUAUGUAUGUCACAUUACUAAAAAUUGUUAAAGUUUUAUUUUAUGUAUGUUACAUUACUAAAAAUUGUUGAAGUUUUAUUUUUGUGUAUGCUACAUUACUAAAAGUUGUGAAAAAAACAUUUUUUAUGAACGUAUCCCUGCCGUAUCCGUAUCCUACUUUUUCGAAUUUUGCCAUAUCGCCGUAUCCGUA